AUGUCUACGUUUUCAAUCGGAACACACUUGUCCAUGUUCCAACAUUUGGGGAAUUCAAGGCUUUCAUCAAUUCAAUCUUCGCCCACACAAUCCAAACCCUUCUUCACCACUUCUUCUUCUUCUUGUAGAACCAGAUUCGGAGUUCCCAAUCCCAAGUUACUCCGUAAUAAUGUAUUGGCACGCGCUGAAGAUAAAGCCAGAGAUUCUAACUCUUCAUUUCAGCCUCCACAAAGUUCACAACAGCAGUACCAGGAUUUGACAUCAGAAUCUGGAACUUGUGAUCCCUUAUGUUCAGUUGAUGAAACAAGCUCGCAAGAUUUCGAAGACAACUACCAGCCCAAGACUGAUUUGCUCAAAGCAGUUGCGAUAUUUGCGGCGGCUGCAACUGGGACAGUAGCAAUUAACCAUUCUUGGGUGGCUGCUAAUCAGGAUCUUGCUAUGGCAUUGCUAUUUGUAAUAGGAUAUGCAGGCAUCAUAUUUGAAGAGUCUCUAGCUUUCAACAAAAGCGGAGUAGGGCUAAUAAUGGCUGUAAGCUUAUGGGUGAUACGGAGUAUUGGGGCUCCAUCAACUGAAAUAGCUGUUUCGGAGCUAUCACACGCAUCUGCUGAAGUCAGUGAAAUAGUGUUCUUCUUGCUUGGUGCAAUGACCAUUGUUGAGAUAGUUGAUGCUCAUCAAGGAUUUAAGAUAGUUACUGACAAUAUAAAAACCCGAAACCCGCGCCUUCUCCUUUGGGUGGUUGGAUUUAUUACAUUUUUUCUCAGUUCAGUUCUGGACAACCUUACAUCAACCAUAGUCAUGGUUUCUCUGUUGCGGAAAUUAGUACCUCCAUCAGAGUAUCGAAAGAUUCUUGGAGCUGUUGUUGUAAUAGCCGCAAACGCCGGUGGUGCAUGGACUCCUAUUGGUGAUGUUACUACUACUAUGCUAUGGAUACAUGGCCAGAUAACUACAGUGCAAACAAUGAAGGGUUUGUUUUUGCCUUCAGCCAUUUCUCUAGCCGUGCCACUGGCCCUAAUGUCAUUGACAAGUGAAGCUAAUGAGAAGGGGCCGGAAUCUCCCACUCUCCUGUCAUCUGAACAGAUGGCUCCUCGAGGAAAGCUUGUUUUCUCGGUGGGUUUAGGUGCUUUGAUUUUUGUCCCCGUGUUCAAGGCCGUCACAGGUUUGCCUCCGUACAUGGGGAUGCUGCUUGGACUCGGCGUGCUUUGGAUCCUUACCGAUGCUAUUCAUUAUGGUGAAUCUGAAAAGAGACAGAAGCUUAAAGUCCCACAGGCUCUAUCAAGGAUCGACACUCAAGGAGCGCUAUUCUUUCUUGGAAUUCUAUUAUCUGUUAGCAGUCUGGAGGCAGCCGGAGUUCUCCGGGAAAUAGCAAAUUACCUUGACGCUCAUGUCCAAAAUAGUGAACUAAUCGCAAGUGCUAUUGGAGUCAUAUCUGCAAUCAUAGACAAUGUUCCAUUGGUUGCUGCAACAAUGGGAAUGUACGACGUCACUUCUUUCCCUCAAGAUUCUGAGUUCUGGCAAUUGGUUGCAUUUUGUGCUGGUACCGGUGGAUCCAUGUUAGUUAUUGGCUCAGCUGCUGGAGUCGCAUUCAUGGGGAUGGAAAAAGUGGAUUUCUUUUGGUACUUUAAAAAGGUUAGUGGAUUUGCUUUUGCAGGCUAUGCUGCCGGGAUCGCUACAUAUCUAGCCCUUCAUAACCUCAACAUCUCCUUACCAACAACUCUAGCGGAGGUUCCUUUUCUCUCUGGUUCUUAA